CGACACCGACGACGCUAAGCUUCUCUAUCACACAUCUCAGAGCUACUGGGAUUUGAGAGAGAGAGAGAGAGAGAGAGAGAGAGAGAGAGGCUCCGGCCGGCGGAGGAGAGCUAGGGUUUGGCCAUGGACGCUUUCGUGUUUGAUGAAUCGGAGAACAGCGGAGCUGGAGCUGGAGCUGGAGGGACUAAAACUAAAAAGGAGAAGAAGGCAAAGGGAUGUUUAGUUGGAAGUGCAAGGAAGACGCUUGGUGAUAUAAGUAACAUUCAGCAGCGGCCAAAUAAGCAAGCUAUCCAGCAUGUGAACCAGCAAUUUGAUUCACUUACUACCAAGAAGUAUGUUGAGAAUCUAACCAAGGAAAAUGUGGCACUGAUGAAACUUCUUUCAGACAGAAAUAAAGUCAUUGAAUUGAGCAGAACAGAGUUAGAGAACUUGAGAGCCCAUCUUGAGAAAGUACAGCAACAGAAUUCUCAACUUGCCCAUGCAAACAGCCAGAUGUUGGCGGAAGUCACUUCAAGUCGAGAUAGGCUAAGGAUACUUCAACAUGCACUUGGAUGCCAAAAUGCCUUGCUCAAAGUGAGGAAAGUGGAGGAAAAGGAGAACGCCAAACAAGUAAGAAAUCAAAAUACGACAAAUGAGAAGGUACGUUCAGCUCGGUGUGUUGAGCCAGGGGAAUCCUCACAAGCUGUCAAGGAACAUUUUAAUACGAACAGGAAACGCCAACCACAAAAUCUAGCAUUAGGCCCUCCUAUUGUUGAAGUUGUCCAAAACAACGAGAAGGCUGACAACAAAAGACGCUUGAGAAGGCAAUCUGCAAUCUUUGAAACCGAAGACCAGGAAACAACUGAAGACUCGUUUGAGAUUAAAGAUGACAAUAAAAGAUGGUUGAGAAGGCAAUUGGCAAGUGCUAAAACUGAAGAACUACAAGCAAGUGAAGACUUGUCUGAGAGUAAAAAUGAGAACAAAAGAAGUUUGAGAAGGCAAUCUGCAAGGUUUAAAACUGAAGAGCCAGAAGUAACUGAAGAAACAAAAGUUACUGAGGACUUAUCUGAGAUCAAUGAUGAUAAUUUUCCUGUUUCUCUUUUGCAUAAUGAUGGGGUUCAUGAAAGUGAUUCAACAUGUCCAUUAGUAAAAAAGGAGGAUGGGGGAAGAUCUGAAGAACAAGAAUUUCAAAGAUCAUCUAUAAGGCCACUGCGCCGAGCAGCUGAGAAGGUUAAGUCAUACAAGGAAAUUCCAAUUAAUGUGAAGAUGCGCCAAGGUUAAGUCAUUCUCAAAUUAACACGACAUUAUUCUGCAGCAGAGAAAGUAAAUAGGCAAUGUCCAUGUCCUGUGUUAUGUGCUUUUUAGUGUAGCUGCAUUAUGCUACUACUUCCUUUCCAGGACAGAUGCUUCUAACGAUGUAAAGAUUGAAGAUGAUAGUUGAUAGAUGAUUUGUUCAUUCAUAAUAUUGAAACAAGCUAAGCACUGAUAACACAACUCAGUUGUUAUACAUCUGAGUCAGAUUUUC